AUGUCUCAAAUUACCAUUGCGAACUACUAUGAGAUUUUGGGCGUCAAGUCUAACGCAACCAGCAAGGACAUCAACACAGCUUACAAAAAGCUUGCUCUCAAGCAUCACCCAGACAAGGCAGGUGGCGAGGAAAGCUCUCAUAUCGAAUUCCAGAAGAUUCAACAGGCUGUGGAAAUACUUCGCGACCCGGUCCGCCGUAGGAAACAUGAUCUGGAACUCAUCAAGCUGGGAAGGAUAUCCGUGCAUGGAACCAAUUUCCCGCAUGCAGGUAGUUCCCAUUGGUCGGCUUCCGCGUUCAAGAGGUAUGAUGAGAAUAGUCGCUAUAUGUACAGCUAUGAGCAAAGUGUACAUGUGAGCCCUCAGAAGCAGGAAUCUAAAGAGGAUAUGGAAUGGGUUGAGCAGAUGCUCAAGGCGGAAGAAGAAUUCAGACAGAACCUUGCCAGGCAGCAGGAGAUGGAACAGAUGCGUGCUCAGAUGGCGGCCGAGACGGCAGGACAGGAGGAGAAUUGCGAGCUGCAUCAGACUGCAUGGGAAGAACGUUCGGGUGAACCUUUCGAACAGGAUGCUCAUCCCGAGGAUGUCCUCCAAGAAGAACCCGACUAUUUCGACUUUUACGCUGAGAGUAUUAACCAGAAGGAGCAAGACAUCUGGGAUAAGUGUGCACAAAGGGCUCCCCGGGCUAGGGACUACAGAGAGGAAGAAUAUUAUCAGGAAAUGUACCAGGAGGGUGACGAACAACAAGAGCUUUAUGAGGAGGUUGAGGACCGAGAGGGCUAUGAAGAAGAGGAUGAAGAGCAACAAAACAUCCAUGAGGAGGAAAUUGAGGACCAACCGGAGCUCUAUGAAGGAGUCGAUUACGAGAAAGAGGUGUCCAAAGAGGAUACUGGAGACCAGCACGAGCUUUACGAGGAUGAUGAGGACUUGGACGAUUCUUCCCUAUGUCCUGACGAUCAGCUCUCCGAGUAUAUUCCUUCUGUCUGCGGGUCCGACUUGGACUACGCUACUGCACAAAGCAAUGACUCUGAAUUCAAGUCUCGCUUUCAUAUGGAGAGCAUCCGUGCGGCAUGUUCUGAGCUGUACGACUUUAAGUCGGCUAGUCUGGAAGAGGCACAGAAAGCAGACGACGACACGGCCACAUUCUACGACCUUAGCGAGGCAGGCUCAUGCCACAAAUUCUACAAUACCAACCCCUACCUCUCAGAGACUGUAAGUGCCAAUGAAGCUGUCCCCCACGACGAGAACGAACAAGAGUCUGAGGAACUCGACAACGACGACAGUGUCAGUCGGUCAAGCCUCCAUGAUCUCCUAUCUCCCUUUGUCCCAUACUUUCAAAAGAAGCUUGAUGAUCCCAGCGGUGGCUACACUGAGGAGGACCUUCGUGUUGAACUUCAAGGUAUUGUCAUGGAGACCUUCUGCGGCUGGCUCGAAAAUAUCCGUCUUACCGUUCCAGAUGCAGAGAUCCCCAGAACAGGCAACGAUCCGCAGCAGUGCCUCCAUCUUGGGUCUUGGGUCAAGCAAUUUGAGCGUCCCGAAUGUGGGGUUUGUCAUCGCUGGAUGCCAAUUUACACGCUCAUGUGCCCAGGUUGUGGCAUUCAGGCCUGUGUGGGUUGUAAGUUUCAGUAUGAGAAGGAGUGA